UAGUUAGUAAUGGGAUUUGUAUUGUCAAUAAUUAUGGAUAAUGCUCUGAAAUGGCGUAGAAUAUGUGUCACGGAAAAAAUGAAUUGCUCGAACAUCACGCUUUGACAGUUGAAUUGUCAACUAUUCGAGUAGUGUUGGGGAAAAGUCAACCAAAAGAAAAAAGUAUAAAAUUUUCACCAUCGCCAUUUUGUUAUACGCGAGUAAAUUUUGUAGUGACGAAAAAAUGUACCUGCAUCGAUACUAAUCAACCUAUUUCUCCAAUGUCCAAGCCAUAAAAUCAAAAUUAUGGUGAGUAAUCGGCUGAAUUAGACUUCUCGGAAUAAAAGGUUAUUUCUAGGAUGUUACCUUUGAUGUUACCAGUCAGAAGUAAUUUAAAACUUUGACAAACGUGUUUGGUGAAUAAACGGGAACUACAAUUCACUGUAUAUUUAUUCUCACUCAUUUUCAGGAAUCAUUUUGGGAAAAAAUAGAAAAAUUGUUGCUGUGCUCUAUCCCGGAUCAUAUAAAGAAUGCAUUAGAGUUGUCAGGUUUCAUUAGUCCGGCAAUUGAAAAUUUAUCGGAUGCGCAAAUAGAUGAUAUAGAAACAGAUGUUCGCCUUUUGUCGGAAACAAUGAAUCUCCCAGCAACUCACCAACAUUUGGAGAAAUAUUGGGGGCGAUACAGCUCUAACCAAAGUAAAUUCAGAUUCAUGGCGGGAGAACGGGCAUUAAUAAAAAAAAUCGCAAACUGUGUUCAACAGAAGGGUUGGUCUCACUUUGGGAAACAAAAGCAUAAGCGACCAACAAAUGUAAGAAGAGGCUGUCAGAAGGAUGCAAUGGCCAUUAUCACGCGAAUCGUAGAUUAUUAUGAAUGCAGAAAUGAUGGAUCUAGUGAAAUAACACAGCUGUGCUCAAAGCUUGAAAGUAUCGACGUAUCUUUCGAAGAAACAGAGGAAACACUAAAAGCCAAGGUUCGAUGUCCCGUUUGUCGACAUCUAAUAACAUGUAGCGCCGAUUAUAAAGGAACAUGGACAAUUUCAAACUUCACAUCGCAUCUCAGAAACAUGCACAAGAUCAUAGGAUUAAAAACAUCAAAUUUCCAGCAAGAUAAAACUCCACAGGCGAAGAAACCGUGUACAAGUGAAAUCGAACCCUUUCAACAUAAGCUGUUGGAUGACGUUUUAUUUGAUGGUGAUGAGUACGGAAUGGAAACUUUAGAAGAGUUCAUGGAUGAAACCACAGAAAAUGCCACUCGUCAAGAAAUUUUUGAACGUAGUGACAGUGCUAUCUUUGAAAAAUCGGUAUCUUCUGUUGAUUUCAACGAAUCUGACCUGCAGCAGGAAGAUCUAAGUAACAAUGCUAUCGUUGCAAAACCGCUAUUGUCUGAAGAUUUAAAUUCAUAGCGUGUCGACAAUUGGCCUCCGUUGAUACGCUAGAACAAAUCGGCCAUUCAUCUCCCAUGAUAUCUCUACUGCAAACUGUACAAAGUCGGCGUAAACACUUGACUCGCAGUUGCGGUAUGCGUUACGCCAGGUGUGAAAGAGAAAUAUUUCUAUACAAAUUCAUACAGCAAGGACCGGAAGCCUAUAAAUUUUUAUAUGCGAAUACUCCAUGUCCAAGCAUUAGAACAUUGCAACGUGAUCUCCAAAAGCGAUCUGAAUUAAUCGAAGAGGGAAAAAUUAGAGUUGAGGAGCUUAAAGCUUACUUGAAAAGAAACAAUCUACCAAUGGUUAUUGUUUUGAGCGAAGACGCCACAAAAAUAAACGGUGCACUUGAGUAUGACUCCACCAAGAAUAAAGUUUGCGGUUUAGUAGCUCCUUUAGAUUGCAGCGGAAUACCACAGUGUGGUUUAUUUGAAGUGAAAACCCCUAAAAAACUAAUUUCUGAUGUCCAAAAAUACCCCACUGGACGCAAUGUUGUGGUAACCAUGGCACAGCCACUAACAUUAACAGCGGCGCCUUUUUGCUUACAGUAUUUUUGUACAGAUAAUAAGUUCACGAGUGCUCAAGUACGCACCAGAUGGAGUGUCAUAAAAAAUAAGUUGAUCGACGUUGGUAUAAGGAUUAUAGCGAAAUCGACAGACGGCGAUCCACGUUAUAUCACUGGUAUGAAAGAAGAUAUGUGUAUUCCUACAAUCACUGACAACCCUUAUGGAGAAAGUUUCGUCGCAUCAUGCAACACCGAUGAUAUUUGCGUGCAAGAUCCCACGCAUACGAUCAACAAGUUCAGGACUAGGUUAAUGCGGCGUGACAAACAGCUUAUUAUUGGUAAGCAUCAAAUUACUCGUACGCACCUCGAAGAUCUUAUUCGUACGGUGUCAAAAGAUAAACAUGGAUUGUCAUUGGGUGAUUUGAAUGAAGACGACAAGAUGAAAUUCCAACCAGUUCUAAAAAUUACUAAACCAGCUGUACUUCACUGGAUGAAACAAUCCGUUGCAGCAAGCCAAGCAACUGUUCUGUAUUUAACGAUGAUGCGAUCAUUCAUGUGUGCAUUUAUGGACUCGUCUGUAUCACCUACGGAUGCUGUUUUCAAAUGCUGGUACACACUGUUUAUAAUAAGGGCCUGGAGACGAUGGUGCUUGUAUAAGUUUAAUACUAUUCAACACUGUAUUACCAGUAAUACGUAUUGGUGCUUAGAACUCAAUGCACACAGCCUAGUAAAAUAUAUCAGCAUCUGUAGAAAUGAAAACAUAAACUAUAUACCAUCACUUCUGCAAAGUCAGACAUGCGAAAGUUUCUUCCGUGCAGCGCGAUCGUUUUCAACAACAGAGUCAACAGUGGUUAAUUUUACAAUGAAAAGUUUUCAAUCUAGACUGAAUCGCAUACAAGCAAAGCAAGAUAUCAUGUAUAGUAGAAACGAAGACUUUUCAUUUCCAAGACUACAAAAAAUAACAACCGCACGAUCUUCGAAAUGCCACCAGAAGAGGAAAUCUUAUCCACUAUUAAGAGAGCCAGAGAAUGUGCAUAUGAAACACUUAUCAGUCUUGGGAUAGAACAAGCGAACAUCGAUUUCUCCGAUUCCGUUUCAUUACGACAGUCACAGACGAAACCGGCGCAGUUCGAGUUUGUCUCCAUUGACACUAACGAACAUUUUGAGAUGCACAUAGAUUCACUAGAUGCAAACAUUUGCGAGGCAGAAGAACUGCUUCAUAACACAGGGCAAGAGUUGAAUCUGAAAGAUUCAAAAUGCUCAACAAGACAUACAUUCGCCAUUAGAAAUAAAAACGGAAAGGUAAUACACGUAAAGAAAAGUACGUUCUUAUGGAUGAUUACCAAUGGAACUCAACGAUGCUCAAGUGAUCGAUCGUAUCGUUUCCGAGAAAUGCCAGUAAGCAAUAAAAUAGCAAUACGCGAGCAAAAUAAAGUUCUAACUACUAUGCGCUGCGGAGAAUGGAUUGUGUUGAAAUGCAAUGAAAGUGUGAAUGUGGUGAAAAUAUACGGAUUUCGAUAUUUAUCCGGAAAACGAACAGCCUACACACUAGACGAAGCAUAUGUACAUCCACCUUCAGAUAGUUCAGCGAAAGGCGUUGGUGUUGUCGGAAGCUACUUUACGGUUAUUCUGUCUGAAAAUAUUACUCUUGAACUAAACGAAGAAAGCAGCGAACUCAUUAUUGAUACACAACAAUAUCUGUCUCACCUGGAAAAACCAGAAAGUAAUGGCUACAACAUAUUCUACAGUUUAAGUACAUCGCAAUACAUUAGAUCACUUGUUAUAUACCAAUUACAGGAACGAAACAUUGACGAACAAAAUAUUUAAUCAAUACAUAUGUUGAAAUUUUGUGUAGUUUUUUAUUCUCUAUUCGAUCUAUCCACAUCAAACAAAUUUCUUUUCAUUUCUCCACCAAUUACGACAAUGAACUAUCGCUCCAGACACCGAACGUGGACGCCGACAGAUUUGGCAAAUUGGUCGGUUACGUUGUAAAUGCAAUUGACAAUUCAAUAAUACUGAACUACUU